AACGGGAACAAAACUGGUAAACAGGGUGUACCAUCACUUGGCAUUUGGUAUUUUUUGGCGCAUUUUGUGUUGGUGCUUGUGUCGAAAAAUAAAGGCAAAAAUUCGCAAUGUCGACGCUGGAAUUGUGCGAAAAGUACUUUGGGACGCGCGAUGUGUACCAGCUGAUGGGCCUGGCCAAGGGCGCCGCCGAGAAGGAGGUGAAGAAGGCCUACCACAAGCUUUCGCUGCUGGUUCACCCCGAUCGAGUGCCGGAGGAGCAGAAGGCGGAGUCGACCGAGAAGUUCAAGGUCCUGUCGAAGCUCUACCAGGUGCUCACCGACACCCAGAAGCGGGCGCUGUACGACGAACAGGGCGUGAUCGAUGACGACGACGAGGCGGAGUCCAAGCUGUCCUCGUGGCUGGACCUCUGGAGCAAGAUCUUCAAGCCCAUCUCCGAGGAGGACAUCAACAACUACGAGAAGGAGUAUGUGGACUCUGAGCUGGAGCGCACGGACGUGAAGAAGGCCUAUUUGGGGGGGAAGGGGUGCAUCAACUACCUGAUGAAUCACGUGCCCUUCAUGAAGGUGGAGGACGAGCCGCGCAUCCAGAAGAUCGUCCAGGAAAUGAUCGCCAGCGGCGAUGUGCCCGAGUUCAAGAUCUUCACCGAGGAGCCGGCGGCGAAGCGCAAGAAGCGCCACCAGAAGUACGCCCGCGAAUUCAAGGAGGCCAAGGUCAUAAAGGAGCGUCUGAAGCGCCGCCAGAAGGAGAAGGACGACCAGGAGCUGGCCGACAAUGGCGGCGAUCUGCAGCAGAUGAUUUUGGCGCGUCGCAAUCAGCGCGAGUCGAACUUUGGCUCCUUGAUGGACCGCCUGAUGAAGAAGUACGGCAACGAGGACGACUCCGAUACCGUCGACUUCAGCGCCUUCGAGAAGAAGAAAAAGAAGUCCAAGAAGCCCGCCAAGCAGGAGCCCAAACAGAAGCUCAAUGGAGUCAAGACUGGCCGGGUGGAGAAGACCAAGAAUUAGGGUUUUCUUCCGCUCCUUACUCGUACUCUCUUAAAUUUAUUGUCUUAAAAGUAUGCCUAGUUUAGACUUAGUUACUCAUACAUAUUAUCCAUGUACGUAUAUUUCACAUUUCUGUAAAAUUCAUAGUAAAUUGGGCG